AUGGGUCAAGCUUUUCGUAAGCUAUUCGAUUCUUUCUUCGGCAAUCAAGAAAUGAGGGUCGUUAUGUUGGGGCUGGAUGCAGCUGGCAAAACAACUAUUCUCUACAAACUUCACAUUGGAGAAGUUUUGUCAACUGUUCCCACCAUUGGAUUCAAUGUGGAGAAAGUUCAGUACAAGAAUGUGAUGUUCACAGUUUGGGAUGUCGGUGGCCAAGAGAAACUAAGACCUCUUUGGAGGCAUUACUUCAAUAACACUGAUGGACUUAUAUACGUGGUGGAUUCCUUAGACCGAGAGAGGAUUGGGAAAGCAAAGCAAGAGUUUCAGGAGAUUAUAAAAGACCCAUUCAUGCUCAACAGUAUCAUUCUGGUGUUUGCAAACAAACAAGACAUGAGAGGAGCCAUGUCACCGAGAGAAGUAUGCGAAGGGUUAGGUUUAUUUGAUCUCAAGAACAGGAAAUGGCACAUACAAGGAACUUGUGCUCUUCGUGGAGACGGGCUUUACGAAGGCUUGGAUUGGUUAUCAUCGACGCUUAAGGAUGUUAAAGCCGCUGGAUUCACAUCGGUUGGCCCCUCGUUUUAA